AUAUUAAUGUGAUGAUAUCGAUGAUGCCAUUGGGAGGGGGGACUCACUCAGCCGGCCUUGAUCUGGUUGAUCCAGUAGAUAGCAGCCAUCGUGCGUGCCUGCCCCUGCCUGGUCAAACCCCAAGCACGCACCAAGCAGCCUCAUCUUCUUCUUCUCCCCCCUUCUAUAUAAACGAAGCAUCAUCCAUCUGCUCCAAGCAAGCGAGCACAACCACAAGAGCUACUGUAUCUGAGAGCAGAGAGCAGAGAGCAGGAGCUAGCUUCUUUAAUUUGUGCAAAUUAAAGGAGAUUCUUCAUUAGCUACUAGCUAGUACCAAUAAUGGCGGCGACCAAGAUCUACAUCGUGUACUACUCGACCUGGGGCCACGUCACGGCUCUGGCGGAGGAGCUCAAGAAGGGCGCCGAGUCCGUGGACGGCGUUGAGGUGACCGUGUGGCGCGUCCCGGAGACCCUGCCGGAGGAGGUGCUGGGGAAGAUGUACGCGGCGCCCAAGCGCGAGGACCACCCGGUGAUCACGGCGCGGCAGCUGGCGGAGGCCGACGGCCUGCUGCUGGGCUUCCCCACGCGGUUCGGCAUGAUGGCCGCGCAGAUGAAGGCGUUCCUCGACUCCACGGGCGGGCUGUGGCAGGAGCAGGCCCUGGCCGGGAAGCCCGCCGGCUUCUUCUUCGCCACCGGCACCCAGGGCGGCGGCCAGGAGUCCACCGCGCUCACCGCCGUCACGCAGCUGGCGCACCACGGCAUGGUCUACGUCCCGAUCGGUGGAACCUUCGGCGCGCGCAUGUUCGGCAUGGACGAGGUCAGGGGCGGGAGCGCCUACGGGGCCGGCACCUUCGCCGGCGCCGACGGCAGCAGGACGCCCAGCGAGAUCGAGCUCGCCAUGGCCAACCACCAGGGGAAGCAAUUCGCAGCCGUCGCCAAGAAGCUCAAGGCCUGAAUGCCUGAUUCAUUCAGUCGUCUCGCGUCUCGUCAUUCCGGCCGAUCCCUUGGUGCUUGCUUUCAGUAUUACUCCUAUGUAUGUUCUUCUGCGAUUCAAUAAUAAUAGUAAUGACAAGAAUGGAUCUGUGAUUGUAACAAGGAUCGAUGCGUGUUUUGUUGGUUGCCUAUCCACCCAAUUAAGAAUGAUUUGCAAUGGUAUUUCAAGCUACUUAUUGUAUGUA